CCUUCCCGAGUUCCGGAGUAGAGUGUCUGCCAGCCUUUGCUGGAGCCGAGAUGCAGCCGCCGCCCCGAAAAGUGAAGCCAGCCCAGGAGGUGAAACUUCGCUUUUUGGAGCAGCUGAGCAUCCUUCAGACACAGCAACAGAGGGAGGCGGAUCUGCUGGAGGACAUCAGAUCCUACAGCAAGCAGAGGGCAGCCAUUGAACGGGAGUAUGGCCAGGCACUCCAGAAGCUGGCCGGGCCAUUCCUAAAGAGAGAAGGACAGCGGGGUGGGGAGGUAGACAGCAGGACAGUGUUUGGUGCCUGGCGUUGCCUUCUGGAUGCUACCGUGGCUGGAGGCCAAGCCCGGCUCCAGGCGUCUGACCGAUACCGUGACCUAGCAGGGGGCACUGGGAGGAGUGCCAAGGAGCAGGUGCUGAGGAAGGGGACAGAGAGCCUCCAGCGAGCACAGGCCGAAGUGCUACAGUCUGUCCGGGAGCUGAGCCGAAGUCGGAAGCUCUAUGGGCAGCGAGAGCGAGUAUGGGCCUUGGCACAGGAGAAGGCAGCUGAUGUCCAGGCCAGACUGAACCGAAGUGACCAUGGGAUCUUUCACUCGCGGACCAGCCUCCAGAAGCUAAGCACCAAGCUGUCUGCCCAGUCAGCUCAGUACUCCCAGCAGUUGAGAGCAGCCCGCAACGAGUACCUGCUAAAUCUGGUGGCCACCAACGCUCACCUCGCCCACUACUACCAAGAGGAACUGCCAGCGCUGCUCAAGGUCCUGGUAAGUGAACUGUCAGAAUACUUGAGGGACCCCCUGACUUUAUUAGGCCACACGGAGCUGGAAGCUGCAGAGAUGGUACUGGAACAUGCCCGCCAUGGGGGGAAGGCAACUUCUCAGGUAAACUGGGAACAAGACGUGAAGCUGGUUCUUCAGGGGCCCGGAGUCUUUUCCCCCACCCCACCUCAGCAGUUCCAGCCAGCGGGGGCCGAUCAGGUGUAUUCCCUGGAGUGGGGAGCAGGAGGCAUGGUUGGAGAGAGUAGCCUGGAGAAAGAAGUUCAGCGCUGGACAAGCAGGGCUGCCCGGGACUACAAGAUCCAGCAUCAUGGGCAUCGGGUCCUGCAGCGACUGGAGCAGAGGCGUCAGCAGGUUCCAGAGCGAGAAGCUCCAGCAGUAGAACAGCGGCUACAGGAAGUAAGGGAGAACAUCCGACGGGCCCAGGUGAGCCAGGUGAAAGGGGCUGCCCGGCUGGCCCUGCUGCAGGAGGCUGGCCUAGAUGUGCAGUGCUGGCUGAAGCCAGCCAUGACCCAAGCCCAGGAUGAGGUGGAGCAGGAGCGACGACUUAGUGAGGCUCGGCUGUCCCAGAGGGACCUCUCUCCCACGGCUGAGGACGCCGAGCUUUCUGACUUCGAUGAAUGUGAGGAGGCUGGAGAGCUCUUUGAGGAGCCUGCCCCCCAAGCCCUGGCUACCAGACCCCUCCCCUGCCCUGCACAUGUAGUGUUCGGUUACCAGGCAGGACGUGAGGAUGAGCUGACUAUCACAGAGGGUGAGUGGCUGGAGGUCAUAGAAGAAGGCGAUGCUGAGGAAUGGGUUAAGGCUCGGAACCAGCACGGAGAAGCAGGCUUUGUCCCCGAGCGAUAUCUCAACUUCCCGGAUCUCUCACUCCCUGGGAGCAGCCAUGGCCGCGACAAUCCCUCAGGAGCAGAGCCCACAGCGUUCUUGGCACGCGCCCUGUACAGCUACACUGGACAGAGUGAAGAGGAGCUGAGUUUUCCUGAAGGAGCACUCAUCCGCUUGCUGCCCAGGGCUCAAGAUGGCGUGGAUGAUGGUUUCUGGAGGGGAGAAUUUGGGGGCCAUGUUGGAGUCUUUCCAUCCCUGCUGGUAGAGGAACUGCUUGGUCCCCCGGGGCCAUCUGAGCUCUCUGACCCUGAACAGACGCUGCCAUCCCCUUCUCCUCCCAGCUUCUCACCUCCUGCACCCACUUGUGCCUUGGAUGGGUCCACUGUACCUGCUCUGCCUACGGACAAAGUCCUAGACUGCCCCGGACCCUUGGACAUGAUGGUGCCUCGACUCAGGCCGAUGCGUCCACCACCUCCCCCACCAGCCAAAGCCCCAGAUCCUGGUCAUCCAGAUCCCCUCACCUGAAGGCCGGGAGGUCACUUCCCUCCCCAGUGAUGCUGCUGCCCCUAUUUCCGUGAUGACAGAAACCACCCCUCCA